UCGUCUUAGAUUUAAAUCCAAAAUUUGGAAAUGAUUUUGUCAUGUGUCAGGGUACAAAAAUGGUCAACUGUCAAUAUUUCUUAUCGUUUCCAGCAUAGAACUUGAUAUGAAUGACGACGAUGAAGAUUCAAUAUUCGAUCUUUAUCAGCUCAAUGAGCUACGUGCUAAAAACACGGACUCAUUUCGCUGUUUAGCUCAAAUUGUAGUUUCGCAUAGUUCAAUAUUUCGCCACCCAUUAUACCCGUUCCCACCGUUAGAAGAUCCUGGAUUAGACGAAGCUGUCUCGCAUAGAGAGAAGAGUAUGAGCGACGACGGUGUAGGUGCCCAGUACUAUUUAAACAUGUGCCAAUCGCUUAAGAUCGUACCAUUAAAGAGAGUUUCAAACUCGUUGAUAACAACCGUUUUAAACCUGAAGUAUUUUGGUUUAAAAGACAAGCAGAUUAAAGCGAUAACAGAAACAUUAAUGCGCAAUAGAUUUGUCCAACAUUUAAUUCUUGAAGACAAUUGGUUAAGUACAACUUCUAUGGAGUACAUUAGCCAAAUGUUAGCUAAUAAUUCUACUGUCUACUACUUAAAUUUGCGAGAAUGUCGGAUUGGGCCCGAAGGCGCUGCUGCGCUUAGCAUGGGUAUAUCGAGUUCGAUCUCGCUAAUAGAGUUAGAUCUCAGUUUCAACGAUUUAGGUGAUGACGGAGUUGAGCAUCUCGAGGACUCUUUGGAAGAUACGCGCUGUCUUCAGACUUUAAACUUGAGUCAUAAUAAUCUUGGAGAGCGCGCUGCAAAUACUUUGAGCUUUAUUUUAACGUUUAAUAGCUCAUUGGCAGAGCUGGAUCUGUCGUGGAAUAAUUUCAAUACACCAAAAGGUAACAAGCUACUGUUUACAGCACUUGGUGGAAAUGAGUCAAUUCGCAAAUUGAGUAUAGCUUGGAAUGGUAUAAGUUCUAACGAAGCAACGCGACCCAUGAUGAAUUAUCUUUCGGCUAGUACAUCCUUAGUCGAGUUCGAUAUCAGCAGCAAUCGUCUUACAGAUGCCUCCUUUCGGAAUGUGAGAAAUGGUUUAGGCAAAUGUAAAAAAUUAAAAACACUCAAAAUUGGAAAUAAUUUGCUUACUUCCGAAGAGGCGAUGGAACUAAUUAAAUUGCUAGCGACAAGUCCCAAACUGUUAGAAGUUAAUAUGGAGAACACCUUUAUUAAACCUGACUGCCUACCGUUGUUGAAAGGUGUUUUAAAAAAAGGAAAACUUGUAACGAUAGGAGUGUUAAACACCUACAGUAUAAGAGGCCCAGACCAUAUGAAACUAUUGUAUGGUCGUGCCAAUUUUUUAGCAAAGAAGAAAAAGAAAGAUUUUGGGAUCUUCGUAGGUCAGCUACCAAAUGAAGAAUUAAUAAUAGAAGAUUUCAGAGCAUUACUGAAAAAAAGUAAGAUCAAACUGGAUGAAGAUUUACUUGCAGCAAUAAUGCAAAAAUUCCCUGGAGCUAAGCAAAAAAUAAGUUGUGCGGAUUUACAAGCAAGUUACGUGACAUAUUAUCCUGACACUGUAAUCAAAUCUAAACCGGUGGAAGAAAAACCAGUGGAAUUACCAAGUGAAAAGACGGAGUUGGACCCGCAUUGAAAUUAGUCAAGUGUAAAAAUUCU